CAGCUGCUUAGUUGCAGAAAAACGUCAUUUCGUAAUUUCCUCGAACAGCGAAUUGUAAAGUAGCAGUAGUGCUAAAAUACUCAAAAAUAGUGUUUUGAAUUUACAUUACCACUAGAUAAAAAGCUCACUAUUUUCUCCUUGUUGUUCACAAAUGUGCAGUGUCCUUUCAAAGCUUUGGGAUUUUAAGUAGCCUCCUUCCAGAAGGAACUUUUUGGUGAUCAUUUGAGGUCCUUCAAGAAUAUCGCAUAGUAUAAUUCCUUUAUCAACAAAUAAAAAUUGAGAAAACUGUGUGUUUUAUUGCGUAUUGAAAAAAAAAAAUUGGCCAAUAUACAUUUUAGUUUACCACCUAUUGAGCAUACUUUCUCAAAGUGUUUUGCCGUUAGUGUAAACAUCGCCAUCCGCCCCUUGAGAAUAAGUGAUUUAGAAGUUUCAAAAAUUGUUUCAAUUCGAAGCCCUCGCAAUGCACUGUUCUAGCCCGAUUUUAGGUAGCUGAUUAGUGGUAUUCAAAACUCAAGUGAAACUGUUUGUGCUACUCGGAUUGCUGGAAGCGGAAUGGAAAAAUUCCCCCUGAAAGGAACGAAUCUUUCCACAUCAUCAACAGUGGUCGGCACCCAUCCACUAAGUGGAGAUCACCCUUCUUAUCAGGCGGUAAACCGAAAGACCGCAUCUUCACCAGCGAACGAGAAAAGUUUCAUAAAUACAACCUCACUUUCGGUAGCAUCGGACGACGAUAUGAUUGACAUUACGCCAGGCAGCGUAAGCAAUCCCAACUAUCAGUACCAUUCGACAUCCAAUGGCGGUGGCAAUCGAGAAGACGGCUUAGGAGCCAACAGCGAGGGCACUUUUGGAGGUAGUGGUUUGGGUGAUGGAUUACACGCGAGUAGUGACAGUGGUGUGCGGACUUCACCCACGCAUUCUCGAUUUGGACGAGAUUUUCACUCGGAUCAUGAAGGUAUCUCCUUUUCCGGGAUGACUGACACCAGCGAUGACAUACCAGGGAUCGGUCAGUAUGACGAUUUCCACACAAUCGAUUGGCAGCGGGAUAUAGCUCGUGACCGUAUGCGACACCGGUAUAUUGUGAAAAAACGGCAGGAUUCUUUAUGGGAUCUGAUAAAGGGAGCUCACGAUGCUUCGUCUGGAUGGGUCUGUGUUCUACUUGUUGGUCUUUUCACCGGUUGCGUUGCUGGUAUCAUCGAUAUUGGAGCCAGCUGGAUGACGGACCUGAAGUUUGGCAUCUGUCCACAAGCCUUUUGGCUCAACCGGGAACAAUGCUGUUGGUCAUCAAAUGAGACCAGCUUCGUCAGCGGUAACUGUUCACAGUGGUACACGUGGUCAGAGAUUAUUGCUUCGUCUCGCGAGGGCGUGGGUGCGUAUAUCAUAUCAUACUUUUUCUACAUUGCGUGGGCAAUGCUUUUCGCCCUGCUGGCGGCUUCUUUGGUGAGAAUGUUUGCACCAUACGCGUGCGGUUCCGGUAUACCCGAGAUCAAAACCAUUCUCUCGGGCUUCAUCAUCCGCAGCUACCUGGGUAAGUGGACAUUGAUCAUCAAAUCGGUAGGGUUGAUACUGGCGGUAUCAACGGGACUUAGUCUCGGCAAAGAAGGUCCGAUGGUACAUAUAGCAAGUUGCAUAGGAAACAUUCUUUCGUAUCUGUUCCCGAAAUAUGGGCGAAACGAAGCCAAAAAGCGUGAGAUUAUAUCGGCAGCAGCAGCAGCAGGCGUAUCCGUUGCCUUCGGUGCACCUAUCGGAGGAGUGUUAUUUAGUUUAGAAGAAGUGUCUUAUUACUUCCCUCUAAAAACACUGUGGCGAUCGUUUUUCUGUGCAUUGAUAGCAGCUUUCAUUCUGCGCUCGAUCAAUCCUUUUGGAAAUGAACAUUCUGUGUUGUUUUACGUGGAAUACAACAAACCGUGGAUCUUUUUCGAACUGGUGCCUUUCAUUGGCCUAGGAGUUAUUGGGGGUGUGAUAGCAACGCUUUUCAUUAAGGCGAACCUGUGGUGGUGCCGGUUUCGAAAAUACAGCAAAUUGGGACAGUAUCCUGUGUCGGAAGUGCUAAUUGUAACCCUAAUCACUGCGAUUAUUGCAUAUCCGAAUCACUACACCCGUAUGAACACUAGCGAACUAAUUUAUUUAUUAUUCAGUCAAUGUGGAAUAUCCAAUAGGGACUAUCUUUGUGACUACAAUCGUAACUUCACCGAUGUAAACUCCGCUAUUGAAAUCGCCGCUGCUGGUCCGGGAGUAUAUAAAGCUAUCUGGCUGUUAACUUUAGCACUGGGGAUGAAACUUGUAAUGACGAUAUUCACAUUCGGUAUGAAAGUGCCAUGUGGGCUUUUUAUUCCGUCACUGGCUUUAGGUGCUAUAAUGGGUCGAAUUGUUGGUAUAGGAAUGGAACAACUAGCUUAUCACUAUCCAAAGAUCUGGAUAUUUUCCGGAGAAUGUUCAACUGGUGAUGACUGUAUCACACCGGGAUUAUAUGCCAUGGUCGGAGCAGCUGCUGUUCUGGGCGGAGUAACGAGAAUGACCGUUUCAUUGGUCGUUAUUAUGUUUGAGUUAACCGGUGGCGUUCGUUAUAUUGUACCUCUGAUGGCCGCUGCUAUGGCUUCUAAGUGGGUUGGCGAUGCGUUAGGAAGACAGGGCAUCUAUGAUGCACACAUAGCCUUGAAUGGUUACCCGUUCUUGGACAGUAAAGAUGAGUUUCAGCAUACCACACUUGCAGCCGAUGUGAUGCAGCCAAAACGCAAUGAAUCACUUUCCGUGAUUACGCAGGACUCAAUGACGGUAGACGACAUUGAGACCCAGCUUAAAGAGACUGAACACAACGGCUUUCCGGUUGUUGUGUCGAAGGAAAAUCAAUAUCUCGUUGGGUUCGUUCUUCGAAGGGAUCUUAAUCUCGCUAUAGCCAACGCCCGACGCAUGAUUGACGGUAUCACGGGCCAAUCGCUGGUGAUAUUCACGUCAGCGCAGCCUGUACAAGGUUUGGGUCCGUCUCCGCUGAAAUUGAAAAAGAUUCUCGAUAUGGCGCCCAUUACGGUAACUGAUCAGACGCCAAUGGAAACGGUGGUCGACAUGUUCAGAAAAUUAGGUCUACGGCAAACGCUAGUUACACAUAACGGACGCCUCCUUGGUGUAAUUACCAAAAAAGACGUACUGCGACACGUCAAACAAAUGGAUAACGAAGAUCCCAAUACGGUCCUGUUCAAUUAGAGUAAUUGGCUUCCAUACACUUCUUUUACCCUAUACUUAAAGCUGUGCAACGUUUUUUGUUCUAAGUUAAUAUCGUAAUUAUAUUUUCAAUGACUUCGAACAGUUAAAAUUUCCCUGCGCAGACUGGGAUUAUUGAAUGAAUAUUCUCUCACUUUACAGGGUUAUAAACAGUUUUAAUUUUAAUAUUAAUACACUUAGUAAACCCUUAUGAACAGUAACCUACAAAUCCAAAUAGAAUUAUCUGAAAAGUAGUGAACAAAUGAUACAUAUUACAUAUAUAUUUCUGUUAUCGGAUUUAUAAUAGUUUACAAGUGCAUUCGAAUUAUAAUUUUGUAUAUGAAAUUAAAACAAAUUAUGUUGAUACUUUGAUGCAGGCUGUUUAUUGAGUAUUAGAAGCAGAUAGGCUGUAGAAACAACUCUGUUAGAGAAAUUUUAUACAAUGUUAGCCCAUUUUUGGUAUUUUGUAUAGUAAAAAAACGCAUCAAACUAGCCUAACAAUGUUGGGCGAAGUUUUGUACUCCUAUUCGCAGCGUCACCAGAGAUAACACAGAGAGUGGCGAAUUUCCAAUCAUUUGGAAUGUAUAAGAUCUGCAGCAGUAGCAUUAUUGGAACGAUAAGUUUAUCGGAAACAAGGUUGAGAAUUAUAAAAAAAAGAAAACAUAAUAAACUGUGUAUUUACGUAA